UUUCCUGGGAACUACCUUCAGUUCUUCCCGCUGUACUUGGAACAUGGGAGACAGCCACUGACAGAGCCUUCGAGCCCUCAAGCCUCACCCAGCUACCCACGGGGAGUUGGGGGGAUGGGGGGAAUCACUGAGAUCGUGGCCUCAAUCUGUUGUGACCUUGUUUCUAACACUGAUCUUUGGACACAAGGGGAGGGGAAGGAUUAAUAGUUAAUCGCUAGCAGGAACCCAGCAAAGAGGAACUCUCAAAGCCCUUACUCUUCUGUUACUUCCUUACUAAAACAGGAAGGAAAUUGUUAUUUAUAUGUGAGCUCAUCCCAUGGCCCUGAACCAUGUGAGUUUACGUGGACUGCCUCUUCUUGUGCUAACAAUAACCUUGGGAGUUAGGGAUUUUGCCCUAUUUUUCAGAGGAGGAAACUGUGUCUUCAAAAGUUUGGAUCACUCGCCUGAAAUCAUGCAGCCAGUAAAUAAUAGAGGAAGGUUCAUUCCUGGUUCUUCUGUGUGUGACAAUACCUGGCAAUCCUUAGGUGCUGAAUAAGUGUUUGUUUACUCUCCUGUCUGCCUACAUGCUAACCCCAGCAGUGUCAGGAAGAGGUGACUUUCAGGACACUGGCACCCAGCAUUUCCUGGAGGGGCCCCACCACCAUGAGUAUCAGGGGUGCAACCCCAUGAGAAGUUACUGCAUGCAUACAAUCACACUCCUGUGGUCUAAGGGAGUGGAAUGCACUGGUACAUGAAGAUGUUCUGGCUCCUCCCUGACCGCCAGCCUGUUGGGGAGCGAUGGAAGGCUAGCCGUGCUGGUUUAGCCUCAGAGAGGCAAAGUUCCCCUCCCCAUGCACAGUCACCAUUCCUGUGGGAGGGACAGCACACUUGAAGCCAGGAGUCUGGGCGGUGAUUGGGGUGUUAGAGGGAUGCAACUCUUCCUGCGACAGACAGCAGAGCAGAGCCUAUACCUGAGAAGCUGCCCUCUGGAUCAGAUAACCUAUCGCGCUCCAGGAGGCCCUCUCCUCCUGAAAGGACUUUAGUCUUUGGAGCUGCCAGCUGAGCUGAGUGAGAUAGGAGCUGAGCAGGGCAGGGCAGGCUGGGAAGGAAAGGAGGGAACCCAGGCAAGGGCUGCCUGCUGCCCACUCAAGAGCCACAUCAUGGAGCCCAGGGGGCGCCAUUUGAGGAAGAGAGACGGACCAAAAGGGGAGCAGGAGGAGCGACGCUCUGGAGAAGGAAAUGCUGAGAUGCACAGAGCCCCAGACUUGGUGCAAUGGUCCCAACAUAUGGAGGCUGUGAAGACACAGUUGCUGGAGCAAGCUCAGGGACAGCUGACAGAGCUGCUGGACCGGGUCAUAUGGGAGGCGGUACAAUCUUAUCCCCAACAAGGCAGGCCUCUGCCCUCCACUCCCGUAGAUUCCUUGAGCAGGACCCGGGAGCCACCCCUGGGGAAACGGAAAGUUUUCAUCAUCCGCAAGUCCCUGCUUGAUGAGCUGAUGGAAGUACAGCACUUCCGCACCAUCUACCACAUGUUCAUCGCCGGCCUGUGUGUCUUCAUCAUCAGCACGCUGGCCAUCGACUUCAUCGAUGAGGGCAGGCUGGUGCUGGAGUUUGACCUACUGAUCUUCAGCUUCGGACAGCUGCCCCUGGCGCUGGUGACGUGGGUCCCCAUGUUCCUGUCCACACUGCUGGUGCCCUACCAGGCCCUGCGGCUGUGGGCGAGGGCGGGGCCCCGGGGCGCCGCCGGGGCGUUGGGGGCGGGCCUGGGCUGCUUGCUGCUGGCCGCCCACGCAGCGGUGCUCUGCGCCCUGCCGCUCCACGUGGCGGUGGCGCACCAGCUCCCGCCCGCCUCGCGCUGCGUCCUGGUCUUUGAGCAGGUCAGGCUCUUGAUGAAGAGCUACUCCUUCCUGAGAGAGGCUGUGCCUGGGACCCUUCGUGCCAGAGGAGGUGAAGGGCCCCGGGCCCCCAGUUUCUCCAGCUACCUCUACUUCCUGUUCUGCCCCACACUCAUCUACAGGGAGACUUAUCCCAGGACACCCAGCGUCAGGUGGAAUUAUGUGGCCAAGAACUUUGCCCAGGCCCUGGGCUGUGUGCUCUACGCCUGCUUCAUCCUGGGUCGCCUCUGCGUUCCUGUCUUUGCCAACAUGAGCCGAGAGCCCUUCAGCACCCGUGCCCUGGUGCUCUCUAUCCUGCAUGCCACAUUGCCAGGCAUCUUCAUGCUGCUACUCAUCUUCUUUGCCUUCCUCCAUUGCUGGCUCAAUGCCUUCGCAGAGAUGCUACGAUUUGGAGACCGAAUGUUCUACCGGGACUGGUGGAACUCAACGUCCUUCUCCAACUACUACCGCACUUGGAACGUGGUGGUCCAUGACUGGCUGUACAGCUACGUGUAUCAGGAUGGGCUGUGGCUCCUGGGCGGCCGGGCCCGAGGGGCAGCCAUGCUGGGCGUGUUCCUGGUCUCCGCGGUGGUCCAUGAGUACAUCUUCUGUUUCGUCCUGGGGUUCUUCUACCCCGUCAUGCUGAUGCUCUUCCUUGUCUUUGGAGGGCUGCUGAACUUCACGAUGCAUGACCAGCACACGGGCCCAGCGUGGAAUGUGCUGAUGUGGACCUUCCUCUUUCUGGGCCAGGGCAUCCAGGUCAGCCUGUACUGCCAGGAGUGGUAUGCACGGCGGCACUGCCCCUUGCCCCAGACAACCUUCUGGGGGCUGGUGACACCUCGAUCUUGGUCCUGCCAUACCUAGAGGUCAGGGCACCCUCACUGCACAGAUGACACCAUCAAGUACUUCUCUGCCUGCGAAGCCUGGACCAGAGCUCCUCUCUGCGUUCCCAAACAUGGUUCUCAGUUGAUGGGGCCUGCAUGCCGGCCCCGGCCAGGGAAUUGCAGGGUCUGAGGUCAGUGGACUUGUAGGUAGCUGAGCACAUACUCAGCAUGGGGGGAACUCCAGUCCCAUCCCCACGGGUUGGGCACAAAAUCCCCUCCCACCCUGUGACUGUCCAGACUUGGGGAGACUUGAGGGAUCUUAUAGAUUUGGCAAAUGUUGGGGGGGGGGGGACUCAGGAAAACUGUAGCCACCAAGGUUGAGAAGGGUUUUGUUCUUGACUUUGUACUCCUUCCAAUAUAGCAAUAAACUCUUUAUCUCCCUU